AUGGCAGAGGGUGGAGCUGUGGUGGUGAUUCGAUUAGGUCGCGAAAAGGCUGAGGGUGGUGGUGGUGGUAGCGGUUUGGGUGCAGUGAAGAAGAGGAGAGUUUGCAGAAGUGCGGAGGAAGGCGUUUCGGUGUCGCGACCGGAGACCGGAGAAAUUAGCCCAAUCUUGCUUUCUUAUACAAUUGAGUUGGAGUACAAGCAGUUCAAGUGGCGUCUUCACAAGAGAGCAGCGCAAGUUCUCUACUUACAGUUUGCCCUGCGGAAACGUGUACUAAUUGAACAACUUCAUGACAAACAAGAGCAGAUAAAAGAAUGGCUUCAGAGCUUAGGAAUAGUAGAUCACACAGUGACAAUACACGAUGAUGAAGAACCUGAUGAUGGAGCUGUGCCUUUACAUCAUGAAGACAGUGUUAAAAGCAGAUAUGUCCCAUCUGUUGCUGCUCUAUCAAUAAUUCGUCCAUCAUUAGGAGGGCAGCAAUCGGUUGUAGACAGGGCAAAAGUCGCAAUGCAAAGUUAUUUGAAUCUUUUCUUAGAAAACCUGGAUAUUGUGAAUUCUUCAGAGGUCUGCAGGUUUUUGGAAGUCUCCAAGCUAUCCUUUUUACAUGAGUAUGGUCCAAAGCUGAGAGAGGGAUAUGUGACAGUGAAGCAUUUAUCAAAUGUUUCACAGGAUUCAGAAGCAUGCCAUCCAUGUGAUUGGUUUCGUGGCUGUAAUAACAGCUGGAAGAAGGUAUGGGCUGUUUUGAAACAUGGAUUUUUGGCCUUGCUGGAUGGCCCUUUCAGCAAUACACCACUGGACAUACUUGUUUUUGAUGUUCUUCCAUCCUCAAAAGGAGAUAAAACACAAAUACAUUUAGCUGAUCCUGUAAAGGAAUGUAAUCCUUUGCGAUACACAUUUAAGGUUACUAGUGGGAAUAGGACCAUAUCAUUGAGAACUACCAGCAAUGGUAGGGUUAAAGCUUGGGUAAAUGCAAUUAAUGAAGCUGGUCUUCGACCUUCGGAGGGUUGGUGUCGUCCUCAUCGGUUUGCUUCAUUUGCUCCUGUAAGAGGUUUGACUGAAGAUGGGAGCCAAGCCCAGUGGUUUGUAGACGGAAAGGCAGCAUUUGAAGCAAUUGCUUCUUCAAUUCAAGCUGCAAAAUCAGAGAUCUUCAUUACAGGAUGGUGGCUUUGCCCCGAGCUAUAUCUUAAACGUCCUUUUGAUGGCUUUUCAAAACUCAGACUUGACUCGUUGCUAGAAGAAAAAGCUAUGCAAGGAGUUCAGAUAUAUGUGCUUCUCUACAAGGAGGUUUCUCUGGCUUUGAAAAUCAACAGCUCGUAUAGUAUGAGAAGACUCCUCAAAAUUCAUGAGAAUGUGAGGGUAUUGCGCUAUCCUGACCAUUUAACCAGUGGCGUGUAUUUAUGGUCGCACCAUGAGAAACUUGUAAUUGUUGAUUACAAGAUUUGCUAUAUUGGAGGAUUAGACUUAUGCUUCGGUCGAUAUGACACGCCUGACCAUAAAGUUGGUGAUUGCCCCUCCAUUACAUGGCCCGGAAAGGACUAUUACAACCCAAGAGAAUCUGAACCAAAUUCAUGGGAAGACACGAUGAGAGAUGAAUUGGAUCGUGAGAAAUAUCCUCGUAUGCCAUGGCAUGAUGUCCAUUGUGCCCUUUGGGGACCUCCUUGUCGUGAUAUUGCUCGACAUUUCAUUCAACGUUGGAACCAUGCUAAGAGAACUAAAGCUCCAAAUGAGCAUGAAAUCCCGCUACUUAUGCCUCACCAUCACAUGGUCCUCCCUCAUUACAUGGGAAAAAGCAAAGAUAUGGACAUUACUGGAAAGAAAGAUGAAGAUGGCACGAAAGAACUUGAGAGUAAGGAUUCAUUUUCGGAGUCUCCGGUACAAGAUAUACCGCUGCUUUUACCUCAAGAAUCUGGUGGACUAAUUACUUCGCUCGGAGAUCAUUCCAAUAUUAGUGAAAAGGUUCCAUUAUCAUCCCAAAAGUUGGAACAUGAAACAUCAACUCCAAACACAAAGAUCAAUGGGUUUCAUGAUGAAGUUGUUCCUUUUGACCUUGGUGCACAAUCUGUUGUUUAUGAUCUUGACGAUUGGUGGGAAACACCAGAUGAAGGUACCAAAGACGAUAAUAAUUUGGAAUAUAGACAAGUUGGUCCACGUACUUCUUGUCGCUGUCAGGUAAUCAGAAGUGUCGGCCAAUGGUCAGCUGGAACCAGUCAGCAUGAAGAAAGCAUUCACACAGCAUAUUGUUCUCUUAUUGAAAAAGCAAAGCAUCUUAUCUACAUUGAGAACCAAUUUUUCAUAUCAGGUCUAGCAAAGGAUGACACAAUUCAGAACCGUGUACUGGAAGCACUAUACAGGCGCAUUUUACAAGCACACAAGGAACAGAAUAAAUUUAGAGUUAUAGUUGUGAUGCCCCUCUUGCCUGGGUUCCAAGGUGGUCUCGAUGAUGGUGGUGCUGCAACUGUCAGGGCUUUAACACAUUGGCAGUAUAGAACAAUUUCAAGGGAAAAGCAUUCUAUAUUACACAAUCUUGAAGCUAAAAUUGGUCCUAAGGCUCAUGAUUAUAUUUCUUUCUAUGGUCUACGAUCUCAUGGUAGACUUCAUGCCGAUGGUUACGUGGCCACAAGUCAGGUAUAUGUGCAUAGUAAAUUGAUGAUAAUAGAUGACCGUGUAGCUGUCAUCGGAUCAUCUAACAUUAACGACCGUAGUCUGCUUGGGUUAAGAGACUCUGAGAUAGGAGUGGUUAUAGAAGACAAGGAAUGUGUUGAAUCAUUGAUGAAUGGAAAACCAUGGAAAGCUGGGAAAUUUUCUUAUAGCCUCCGUUGUUCCUUAUGGUCUGAACACCUUGGCCUUCAUACAGAAGAGGUCAGUAAAAUUAGUGAUCCAUUGGCAGACACAACAUACAAGGACUUGUGGUCAGCAACUGCGAAGGAAAAUACUAGGAUAUAUGAUGAGGUCUUCGGUUGCAUUCCGAAUGAUCAGAUACACUCAAGAUCUGCUCUUCGACAAAGCAUGGCUCAGCGGAAAGAAAAGGUGGGCCACACCACCAUAGAUUUGGGAAUAGCCCCUGAUAAGUUAAUAACUAGUGAUGCCUAUGGAGAAAUCAAUGAGACAAAUUCAAUGGAUAGAUUGAACUCUGUAAAGGGACAUCUUGUUUCCUUUCCUUUGGAGUUCAUGCGUGAUGAAGAUCUAAGACCAGCCUUUAUUGAGAGUGAGUUUUACGUAGCUCCUCAAGUAUAUCAUUAGAUAUAGAUAUUAGUAUACUGAAGCCAUGAAAAAGAUGCCAUUCUUUUUAUAGAUUUUCGUGCAAAACAAGAAACUCAGUGAAAAUCAACACAUGAUAAAGUGGUGUGAAAUUUUCACAUCCUGUGAGAUUAGCAAUUGGUUUGCUAUUAUUAGAUAAUAUCAUAAUAAUUUAAAAAGAAUAGAUAAGUCUAAAGUGAAAAUGAUUGGAGAAAGUAAUAAAGUAGAAAUAGAGAGGGAUGUAGUCAUUAAGUAGUUUUGACCUGUGAUUAUUACAGCAUUAGUUUUAUAAGAGAGGAAGUGUGAUUACGUAGAAUCUUAGUUGUGAAAGUAGUAUCUUAGAAAUAUUAGUUGUUAUUGUCUCAAGCAACUUUAUAAGUAACUUAGUUAUUGGGGACUUUUA